AUGUUUAGUUUUAAUUGGAAUACAAUUGAUGAAUCGACAUUCCAAGGACACUUGAAUAAGUAUACAAAUGCAUUCAAAGGGUAUCAAAGUCGAUAUUUUGUAUUAGAUUCCGAGACAAAAAGUUUACUCUAUUUUAUGCCAGAUGAAGUUCGAAAGAAAGGUCCAAGAGGUGUAAUUGAUUUAACAGAUUGUUGGAUAUCACCAUCGAAUGAAGAUGAUGUUACGUUUACUGUACAAACAGGAGGUGGUGAUUCAUUUAAAUUUCGAGCAAGUGAUGCUAAAGAUAGACAAAAAUGGAUUGAUAAAUUACGAGCAUGUUCUGGAUUGAAAGCAGCUGAUAUUUUUGUGUCAUCACUAUCAUCAUCAAAAUCUAACUUAAUCAAUUCAUCAUCAUCUCCGAAUGAGAUACAAACUCGUUCAUCAAAUCGACGGGAUUCACAAAUUCAUCAUCAUCAACAAACCUUAAAAGAAAUGACAGAAGUCAUACGUUGUGUUGAAGUAAAUCAACGAGAAUUUGUAGAAACCAUAGAUUCAAUACCAGAUAGAAAUCAUCUCAAUCCAUUAUCUAAAGAUAUGUUAUUACUUCGUUCUAUAUCUCAAUCAUGUAUUAAUUCAUUACAAGACAGUUUGACCAUACUUACUCGAAGACGAACGCCUGAUACUGAGCCUCUUUCUACACCUAUACCAUUAACUCAUUCGCCACAACCACCACCACGACCACCAACAACAGCAAUGCCUAAUCUAUCUGGUAAACAAUUGAGUCAAUCAUAUAGUAGUGGUACUAGUGGUAAAUCAAGUUUAAGUACUGGUUUAUCAUCACAAUCGAACUCGUAUUCUUCCCUGAAUAAAACAUCAAGGUAUGAACAAUUUACUCGAUAA